GAGCAUAUGAAACAACAUUCAUAAAUUCUUCUUUUUUCUUUUCCAUUGAGGCAACAAUGGCGGAGCUGGAGGCCCAGGCUGUAAUGCCGAAACUCAUAUCUUACCUCUCCUCUCUCCUCCAGCGAGUCGCCGACUCGAACGAUCUCGCCGCCAAGCUUCAGCCACAGAAGAUCUCCGUCUUCCACGGCCUCACCCGGCCCGGAAUCUCCGUCCAGACCUACCUGGAGAGGAUCUUCAAGUACGCCAAUUGUAGCCCCUCCUGCUUCGUCGUCGCCUACGUUUACCUCGACCGCUUCACUCACCGCCAGCCGGCGCUGCCCAUCAACUCCUUUAACGUCCACCGCCUCCUCAUCACCAGCGUCAUGGUCGCCGCCAAAUUCAUGGAUGAUAUGUAUUACAACAAUGCAUACUAUGCAAAGGUAGGAGGAAUCAGCACAACAGAGAUGAACUUUCUUGAAGUGGAUUUCCUAUUUGGAUUGGGAUUUCACUUGAAUGUGACCCCCACUACUUUUCAGACCUACUGUUUGCACCUCCAGAGAGAGAUGUUGCUCCUCCAUCCUACACCGUCAGAUCUUGCAGAAUCUAACCUAUGUGGUAGAUCACCAACCCAACAUCAAUACAUAUGUUUCAAUGAUGAUGAAUCUUCCCAUCAACAACAACAACAACAACAGCAACUAGCUGUUUGAGCUCAAUUGUUCUGGUUAAUGUAGUAUAUUAGGUUAGAGUUAGUGUUUUUGUCCCUCUGGUUUGGGAUUUGUAAUCUGAUUGUGUUAAAAUUUAUAAGGACCCUGGGUGUUUCUAUACUUCAUAGGAGUGCUCUCUUCUCUUCUUUUACCAUUAUUGCCAC